CCAGCUAGCUAGCUUGCUCGCCAGUCGCCAUGGCGGCCACCACCAUCCUUCUCCUCCUCGCCGCCACUGCGGCCUCGGCCGCCGACCUCUCCGUGUACCACAACGUGCACCCGCCGUCCCCGUCCCCGCUCGAGUCCAUCAUCGCGCUCGCGCGCGCCGACGACGCGCGCCUCCUCUUCCUCUCCUCCAAGGCCACCGCCUCGCCCGGCGUCACCUCCGCGCCCGUCGCCUCCGGCCAAGCCCCGCCCUCGUACGUCGUCCGCGCCGGGCUCGGCACCCCGGUGCAGCAGACCCUCCUCGCGCUCGACACCAGCGCCGACGCCACCUGGGCGCACUGCGCCCCCUGCGACACGUGCCCCGCGGGUAGCCGCUUCAUCCCGGCCAGCUCUUCCUCGUACGCGGCGCUCCCGUGCGCCUCCGAAUGGUGCCCGCUCUUCCAGGGCCAGCCGUGCCCGGCGAACCAGGCCGCCAGCGCGGCGCUGCCGGCGUGCGCCUUCUCCAAGCCGUUCGCCGAUGCCUCCUUCCAGGCGUCGCUGGGCAGCGACACGCUGCGGCUGGGCAAGGACGCUAUCUCCAACUUCGCGUUCGGGUGCGUGGGCGCGGUGACCGGGCCGACGACGAACCUGCCGAAGCAGGGGCUCCUCGGCCUCGGCCGGGGCCCCAUGUCCCUGCUGUCCCAGACCGGGAGCAGGUACAACGGCGUCUUCUCCUACUGCCUCCCGAGCUACAAGUCGUACUACUUCUCGGGCUCGCUCCGGCUUGGCGCCGCCGGCCAGCCCAGGAACGUCCGGUACACGCCGCUGCUGAGCAACCCGCACCGGCCGUCGCUGUACUACGUGAACGUGACGGGGCUCAGCGUGGGGCGGACCUGGGUGAAGGUGCCCGCGGGGGCGUUCGCGUUCGACUCCAACACCGGCGCCGGCACGGUGAUCGACUCGGGCACGGUGAUCACGCGGUGGACGGCGCCCGUGUACGCGGCGCUGCGGGAGGAGUUCCGGCGGCAGGUGGGCGCGCCGAGCGGGUACACGUCGCUGGGCGCGUUCGACACGUGCUUCAACACGGACGAGGUGGCGGCGGGCGGCGCGCCGGCCGUGACCCUGCACAUGGACGGUGGCGUGGACCUGACGCUGCCGAUGGAGAACACGCUGAUCCACAGCAGCGCGACGCCCCUGGCGUGCCUGGCCAUGGCCGAGGCGCCGCAGAACGUGAACUCCGUCGUCAACGUGGUGGCCAACCUGCAGCAGCAGAACCUCCGGGUCGUCGUCGACGUCGCCGGCUCGCGCGUCGGCUUCGCGAGGGAGCCCUGCAACUGAGCCCCAAUCCGGCGCCCGUAGCCAUGUAUGUCUCCAGUUCCAGUGUUAGUGUGCAAUAAGGGACGUGACGUGACAAGAAAAGCAAUUGGUUCGCCACGGGUAGCUAGAAGACCAACGUAAGAAUCUGCCAGUGUGUAUUGCUUUCGUUUUUUUUUUGUUGUUUUGUAUGGCUGUUGCAAGAGACUAUAAUUUGCGAAAAAUUCGACGGGGGAUUUAAUUUGUACGUCAA